AUGUCGUCGUGGCUGCGCAGCGCGGUGAGCCGGGCGGUGGAGGCCGGCGGCCGCAGCGGCGUUGCCCGUGCCGUCAAGGGAUACGCGGACGCCGUCGCGCACCACGCGGGGCAGGCCGUCUCCGACAUCCUCCUCGAUCGGGGGGGCACACAGAGCUUCAAAAGUUUCAAGAAAACAGUAAUGCGGUUGGAAGAGGCAGCGGUUUCAUGCCGUGGGGGUGAAAGAAUUGAAUUAUUAAGACGUUGGCUGGGAGCAUUACAAGACAUUGAGGCUGCUCUUGCUAGUUCAGAUACAAAGGAUCCUGAUGUUCAUGAUUCUGCUGGUGAAUUGGAUCCUUUAAAACCGCCAUUGACUUUGUUUGUUGAUCCUGAUAUUGAAGGAGCACCUAUGAACUUCCGUGAUGUGUUCCUGUACAGCCAGGCACUUGAAGAUAUUACACAGUCCAUGAUUCUUGAAGCUCCAUCUGAGGAAGAAGUUUCACUUCUUCUGGAAAUUUAUGGCCUGUGUCUCACUGGUGGGAAAGAAGUCAAUAAGGCAAUCAUGAACAAUGUACAAGACUUGGCCAAGGCUUUCUCGAAUUACAAAGACGAAGUCCUGGUGAAGCGUGAAGAGCUACUUGAAUACACGCGGAAUGUCAUUUCAGGACUUAAGAGAAAUGCUGAUAUUAUGAGGAUAGAUGCUGAAACCCUUGAAUUGUGGAGAAAAUUAGAUGGGAAGGAGAAAUCACGGUCCCAAUCAACUGAAGGUCAAGAUAAAGCAUCAGAGAAGAUUGCUGUUGCCAAUAUCGAGGCCUUAAAAGAAGCACUUACUGAAGUCCGCUUUUGCUCUAGAGUGGAAGAACUUCUACUGAAGAAGAAGUCGAUUGCUCCUGGAGAUUCCAUGGAGAUUCAUUCUCAGAAGGUUGAUAAGUUAAAGGUCCUGUCAGAUUCCCUUUCUACUUCAUCCUCCAAAGCAGAGCAGCGUAUUAUGGACCACAGGCGUCAGAAAGAAGAUGCUCUGAACUUUCGUGUGAAAAAGGAGAAUGAGGUGAAUGCGGCUGAGAAGGGAUUGCUUGCUGAGAUUACUGAAUUGGAGAAGCAAAGAGAUGAUCUUGAGGCUCAGUUGAAAAAGGUCAAUAUAUCAAUUAAUGCUGCUGCUGUGCGGCUCAAGACAACCAGGGAAGAGAGAGACCAAUUUGAUGAAGCGAACAACCAGAUCAUAUUUAGUUUAAAAACGAAGGAGGAUGACCUCUCGAAAUCCAUUGCCACGUGUAAUGUGGAAGCAAAUGUGGUAAAGACCUGGAUCAAUUUCCUCGAGGAUACCUGGCAGCUACAGUCCUCAUAUAAUGAACAGAAGGAAAAGAAAACAAGUGAUGAAUUGGAGAGAUGUGUGAGAGAUUUUCUGAAGUUGACCAAACAUCAUCUUUCAGCCUUCAAGGAAGUCCUAAGCCCAUCUAUUGAAAGUAUCCAAACAUAUGUGGAUAAUUUGGCGGCCUUGAACUCAAGGGAGGAGACAAAAGAGCAUGAAGAUGAUGAAGCAUCAGAGAAGACAAACCCACGUAAAUCCCUUGAGGAGGAAUAUUUGGAAACUGAAAAGAAGAUUAUCAUUGCUUUCAGCAUCGCAGACCACAUAAAGAAGUUGUUCUAUUCAGAGCAUGGGGCUAACUCCAGGAGAGAUGACCCAGAGGUGAAGAGCCUAAUUGACGAGAUCGAGAAACUGAGGGAAGCAUUUGAAUCUAUAGAAAGGCCAACACUAAGCAUCGAAGACCACAAAUCAAAGCCACUGCCUGAGGAAAGAUCUGAGUUGAGCCCUUCGCCUAUCCAAGCACCUGUUACCCCCAAAGCCGCACACGUCGACUCCCCAAAAUCUCCCAUGAAGCCUGAGCAGCAGCAUCAGCUGGAUCCUGAUUCUGAAUUUGCAAACCUGGGAGCAGACUUUGGGAAGGACGGCAAAGAUUACUCAGCCGAGGAGAUCAGCGGGUGGGAGUUUGACGAGCUCGAAGAGGAGAGCUGA